GUGUAAGAAAAAAUCUAGAUGCAGUUUACAGAAUGAAUCAAAAUGCUCACUCUGUAUUCAAUUGCGUAGGGUAAUUAACAAACAACAGGAAUUGAAAAACUGGGAAGAAGAAAAACCAGUAGCAGUACUGUCUAUCAUAGGAGAUUCUAAACCAUAUCUACCGAAUGAAACGAUUAGAAUGCAGCUAAAAGUUGGUCUGCUGGAACUGAUAAAAACAACAAAUAUAUGGAUACUAACUGAAGAAAAAUGUACAGGUGUUAGGGAGAUUGUUGAAGAAGUGAUUGACGGAUAUUCAGAAAAUAGUAAAUCCCGUGUUUUGUUCAAGGAUGUAGAAUUUGAUUUGACCAAGGUUCAAUCUGCGAAUGAACAGGGAAACACGUCAUUUCAACCAAAUGAAAGUGACCUUGAAAAUUGCAUCAAAGAGCACUUGGAGAUCCCGUUGAUUAUUAUUGUUGUUGGCGGGGAGGAAAACUCAUUUGAGACCGCUAUGAUUAACUUAAAAAGGAAUGUUCCUGUUUUGGUAAUAGAUGGGUCUGGUAAAACGGCAAACUUCAUAUGUAAGGGAUACAGAAGGUGUAUGCACAAACACAGUGAAACAAAUAUUGUUUUCUCGAAUAUAUUCAAAUCGGAAAUGAUGGAAGCAGCAAAAAUGCUAUAUGGUUCAAAUGAUGAAGAGGAGGACACAAAACAAACUAGUAGGGAGAAACUAGCAAGGCAACUGCAGGAGGGGUUGGAAGAGAACUUUAAAUCGAUUCACGUGUACUUGGCAACUGAAACUACGUACACAUUAGACAGGACAAUUCAGGAUAUAUUAUUUCAGUCACUUUGCACAGACAACAAGAACGAAGAAAAGCUCACAGAUAACAUGCUUUACUUUGUUGAUUUAUGGAACAGACCUGACAUUGCAGAGAGAGAAAUAUUCAAUUUAGAAAAAAACGGAGUGUUUGAGAAAUUACAGGAUAAACUAGGCGAAAAACAGAGCUGUUUAUCAAACCUAUUCACUAAUGCUUUGAGGUUCAAUAGGGUUGAUUUGGUUAGGCAAGUGCUAGAAUAUAUUUUGGACAAGAAACAGUAUAGAAAAUUCUUAGAUCACUCACUUGAAGACUUAUAUGAGGACGACGCUAGCUUCGGAGGAUAUGUUUUUCGGAAAAUCACGAAAAAAAAAUCCAGACAAAAAAACAUUGUGGAAAAGGUAGAUGUUGUUGUGAAAAAGAUAACCGGAAGGCUUAACAUGCAUAUUUUUGACGAAGGUGAUGCGGAUGAUAUUAAGAUAGACGUAAUAAGAAUAGAAGAUAUUUUCAAGCACCUGUUUAUCUGGGCAGUGUUUAUGAACCGAGUAGACUUGGCCAUACUGUUUUGGAAAAAGGAAGACUGCGAUUAUAUAUGGUCUGCGUUAUAUGCAAGUUCACUUGCUCAAAUGCUUGCUGUAAAAGCUGGUGAAGAAGCAUUAAUGGACGAAAAGGCUGCCUUAUUGGAAAGCUCUAGAAGUUAUGAAGACCUUGCAUACAAUGUUAUGACAGAAUUAUAUUGCAUGAAUAAACAGUACGCACGCAAACUAUUGGUGACGAACGUGAAAAGAUAUAAUUCGACUACAAUUUUUGGAAUUACUGAAAAGUUCGUACUGCAGAAAUUUAUGGGACAUGUUGCAUGUCAAACAACGAUGGAUCAGAUUUGGAAGGGUCGUAUUUCUGGUGAUACAUCUACUCCUAAGGCAAUAUUUUUUGCGGUUGCUUUCAUCCCAAUUUUGAUAACGAAUAUAGUGAGUCUAGACAAAACUGAUGACAGAAGAAAAAACAAAGUCAUUCCAUUGGUAAUGUCGGGUACAAAAGAACAGGAGAAAAAAACAAAUGGAACAUCAUCACAAUCUGCAGUAAAAUGGCCGAACUGGAUUUGGAAAAUAUAUUACUUUUACAACUCACCUUUGAUCAAAUGUUUUUUUUCUUUAGUGUCGUAUGUGGCAAUGUUAAUUGCUUUCGCCGUGUAUGUACUGACGGAUUUACAUCCUUUAACUGAGAAAACGUCCACUGCUAAUGACUUUGUUGUUUUUGGUUUGGUAGUAUCAACGGUAUUUGAGGAAACACAAGAGCUUAUUUUGAACUCUAGAACGUCAACGAAUAUAUCAGUCUGGAUGAUUUUUCGUUGGAUAUUUGAAAUCUUGAUAUACAUUAUGAUAACUGUCUCCACAUUGUCGCGAAGAAUAAUUGUAAAUGAAGACUUUUGUUAUGUACGAAUGGCGUAUGCAUUAACACUAGGUCUAUUAAUAAUCAACAGCGUGAAGUUUUUUCUUGUUACGGAAUACCUUGGACCAAAAAUACUUAUGAUUGUAAAAAUGCUUUUUGACGUCAUGUUCUUUAUUGUGAUAUUUGCUGUGCUUUUGUUUGGCUUUGGGGUCGUUUACCAGGCAACUAUGUACCCGAAUUCCCCACUAAAUUUUCAACUGAUCCCGAAUAUCAUAUACAUGCCAUAUUGGCAGUUGUAUGGAGAAUUGUUCUUAGAUCGAUUUGAAGGUAAAGAGACUAAUGGGACUGCUAGCUGUCCAUUUGUUUACAAAGUGAAUACGUUCAUAUUGGCUGUGUACAUGGUGGUAACACAUAUAAUUAUCGUGAAUAUGCUCAUUGCGAUGUUGUCGCAUACAUUUGAAAAAGAACAGGACAACAACCAUCUGGCAUGGAAAUUCGACAGAUUUUCGAUUAUAAAGCAGUAUUAUCUUAAAUCGUCGAUGUUACCACCGUUAAGUACCAUUGUUUACUUUGUAAGGACCAUUAUGAUCUUCUGUAACGGAUGUAAUUUAAAGUAUUGUACGAUGAAUAGACAAGGCAAUUUAAAUGUGAAGAGGACUGUUGCAGAAAAUAAAAAGUUAGCUAUUGUAGAAAAAGAUGCAGUGUACAGUUAUUUUAAAUCAUCCACUUGGUUGAAAAUGCAUCAUGCCAGAAAAAAGGAGGCUGAAAAAACCGGGCUUGUUGCUAGUUAUGAAGAAGAUUCGGAUCUACGUGUGUAAGAGCAAUUCUAACUUAUUGUCGUCUGAAGUAGAUAUGAUACAAAUCAAAUCUGGCAGGAAAGAUGAAGUCUUCAAAACCAACACAAUCUAGUGUAGUUAUUACUGAUAUUGAUUAUAUUUCACAGACAAUUAAUCAAAGAUCAUUCAUAAAUUUCUAAAUAUGCCAUGUAGAUUUCAGUUGAACAUGAAUUGAUAUAAAGACAAAAUUGAUGUUCAGUAGCUUGUUGACAUGAAUAAUCAUAGAUAUGUUCAUAUUUAUUAAUUGAUUAUUUACAAACUUUAAAAUGCUAUGGAUUUUUUACUUGAGGAAUAAUAACCUUAGCUGUAUUUUGAAAACCUUGAAAUGUCGAAAAUUGUGGUUCCACAAUGCUUUUAAACUUCGUGCUUUAUAUGGCCUUUUUUGUUUUGUUAUCUGAUCGUCACCGAUGAGUCUUCUGAAGACGAAACGCGCUUCUGACGUACAAAAUUAUAAGCCUGGAAUCUUUAAUGAGAUAAUUAAUACUGGUCUUACUGCAAAUUCACUAUGAUAUAAUUCACAUUUGUUUCCAAGUCAUUGCUAUGGAUUCAUUAUUAUUCGUGGGAUACCAAAUAUUUCGGGAUUUUUCUUUGAAUAACUUGUACUUAGGCGAGGUUAAGUAAUUUGUGUAAGAUGUUCGGACUCCUUGGUUUUUUCCUACGAUACUGGGUAAAAUGUUUUGCCGCAUAACACCCACUGUCAUACAAGUGAGAGGUUUAGCGCUAUAAAACGAGGUUCAAUCCACCAUUUUCUACAUUUGAAAAUGUCUGUACCAAGUCAGGAAUAUGACAGUUGUUGUCCAUUCGUUUGAUGUGUUUUAUCAUUGAUUUUGCCAUUUGAUUAGGGACUUUCCGUUUUGAAUUUUUCUUCGGAGUUCAGUAUUUUUGUGAUUUUACUUUUCGCUUUUCAUAUAAGACUUCAAUAGCUCAUAAAAGCCCAAAAUUUAAGCAGAUUCUCGAUUUCUUUUCUUCAUUUUAAGACCAAAAUAAUACCAAUGCAAGUAUACGGUAAAAGUCACAGUCAGCCUUUUUCUGCCAUCUUUUAAAACUCAAACGUUUUAAAAAAGAGCUCCAUAACCUAUCAAUAUCUUUAGUUUAUUUUGUUCACUAACUAAUACUCUUUCGACUUAUAGUAUCAAUUUUAAAUUCUUCAUUUUUUUUAUGUUCACCUUAGUAUAUCCUUAAAAUGAUAACUUGUAAUUACUUAGAAUAUUACUUUAAACUACUAAGAAUUAUUACCUGGUUUACUGGAAAUCCUUGGAUUAUUUUAAGUUCAUCUUAACUUAAAGCUGUCAAUUCAUGUCAUGUUUCUCUUAUAAAAACUUUUAUGCACUGAGCCUCGACAAUAUAGAUACUUAUACAUUGUUAUAGACCAUAAAACCAUUAUGAAUUUAAGUGUUGAAUAGCUAGUUUUUUAUUUGGUCAUUGGAGAAGAAAAAUCUGUCAAUCUCAAUAGGGUUUUAUUUCGAUUUUGGAUAGCUGUGUAUAAAAAAAGCAGAAACUCAUUUCAUGUUUUAAUUUUAACAAUUCUGAGUUGGUUGAAAGACGAGCAAGUUUAAAUACUUUUUAGCAGGCAAAAUAGGAAGUGAAAAAUGAAGAGUAUUGUAAAGGUAGUAAUAUUAUUGGCCACAGUCUUGUGUGCUACAUAUAUUUGAAAUAAAUAAACUUGUAGCACCAAAGAGUAGAUUGGGAAUAGCCAAUAUUGAACGUUACAGCAAAUAUUAAUAAACAUGCACUAAACCAAGUAAAUAUGGAAUGAUAAAUUAAAACUUUUGAAUGAUAUAAUAUUAUAAUGAAACAAUAACAAAUGUACCCUUCUCAUUUCAUUCAAUACAUGUUUUUAUAAGCCAACGAAGUAUAUAGACGUUGGCUUGCGUCGUCAGUCAAUAUACUACUUCAGGUAAAAAAUAAUCAUGUACAUGAUGUAUUGGUAAACACAUGUAUUGACUUAUACAUGUUUCUGCUCUUUGGUGGGGUUGUUGUCUCUUUGACACAUUUCCAAUUUCCGUUCUCAAUUUUAUUGUAUGAAAAGGUUAUAUUAUAGAUAAUUACUUUGAAUCACUUGGGUUCUUAUUGUGUAUUAAUUACAUUCACUUUGGUUAUCAUUGUAAAAUAUGUGUAGUAUAGUAUAUGUAUUACUGAUGAAUUCUUAUAAAAAUACUUGUAAUUCCAUAUAAUGAAUAUUUAAACAUUAUUUGCACUAACAAUAAUUAACCAUUUCUAGGAAGUCCAAAAAAAUAUACUUGUAGUUACUUAUUUUACUAGAAAUUACUAAAUUAUAAAUAUUGAUUGUUCACAAUAAUCAAAAUGUAUUACUUGAAAUUAUAAUGAAUUACUUGGGAAUAAAUUACUAGUUUUUACAAUUU